CCGCCUUCUUGAAGUGUUUUUGCCGUCCAGAACGCAUCACAUUCCACAAUCAGUCCGCGGACAAAGCAUGUUGAUCAUGCACAAGUCUGUCGACUACUACCUCUGCCUUCUCUUUGUGGUGCUUCCCAUCAGAGCCAUCGUGUACCUCAGUCCUGUGAUGCUGGCAGCACUCAUAGCCAACCAAAUGGGGCUGGCGGGCGAGUCCAUUCUAAGCUCGAUGGUGGCGCUGCCGUUGAUAGUGUACUUGUGUGCAGAAUGCGUAUUCACGUUGCAUUAUCUCCACAAGAAGGCCAAGGCAGGUGCGUUGCAUCCAAAUCCACCGACUAUCCAAGCCGUGAAUGCCAACCGACCGCAUCAUUCGGUGGGUUCGGCCAUGGAAUUCUUUGAUAAGAUGAUGACCCACAUCGACGACGUGCCUCGGUUCGUGGAAGGGCAUUUUUACGGAGUGAGUUAUGGCCUCCUGUCCAAGCUCGACGUGGCAAAGUGGAGUGCGUUUGUGUUCUUUACCAAGACCUACGACGACACUAGCGCAGCCGAACGCGGCGAAAUCGACGCCAUAGUUGCCAAGCUGCACGCCAUCGCACCGCUUCAAUGCUCUGUGCACACUCAACGACCAUCAUUCCCGUUUUUGCAGCCGAAUCUCGACCCGUUUGAAGCCACGGCGCGUCCGUUAGCCCUGUACAUGGCCACAAUCGGAGCCAACUACGUCGUGUCGUUUUGGUUACGCUGGCAUGGAUUUCAACACCAUCACGUGACGGGGGCAGUGGGGUACUGGCAUCGUCCUCCAUCUUCCCUAGACCACUCCACUGAUCUACCGCCAUUGGCCUUUGUCCAUGGGGUUGGCAUAGGCCUGCCAACCUACAUUCCGCUGCUUCACACGAUGUUUGGGGGCACGACCAACCGGCAUGUGUUCCUGCUGGACUUGCCGUUCAUUGCAAUGCAGCUACGAGACGACAGCGUCCCAGAUAAAGCGCACGUCCUUGACGCCAUCGCAGACAUGUUGACUGAGCAGAACGUGACCGCGCCCGUCCACUGGGUCGGCCAUUCCUUCGGAACGAUCGUCAUGAGCUGGGUGUGCCAAGAGCGGCCCCAUCUCGUGCACUACCUGACGUUCGUGGACCCAGUUGUGUUUGCGUGUUGGCAGCACCACGGGAUUUAUAACCUCAUGUACAAGGCCCCGUCCACCGGUCUCAACUUGUUGCUGUGGUACUUUGCUAGCCAAGAGAUUGGGAUUGCAUGCUCCAUGCGGCGGCACUUGACGUGGUAUGAGACGGUGUUGUUUCCAGAUCAUUUGCCCCGCCAUCCGCACACCAACCACGUGGUCGCCAGUGUAUUUCUGUCCGAGAACGACUGCAUCAUCGACGCCCCCGGCGCCCACGCCCACCUCGAGCGCGGAGUUUUACAGGAUGCAACCGACGCCCUGUCCCCCCGCCUUCCGAUCCACACAACGUUGUGGCGCGGUAUCACACAUGGGGAGCUCAUAUUGUACGCCAGUGCCCAUGCUGAUGUGAUGGCCACGGUCGUGCCAACCAAAACGGUGCAUUGAGUAUGUGAUAUAUUCUUCGUAGCUCUGCUGUGAUGAACUAUUUUACUACGUAAAUGCUAAAAUAGUAGUUUACGUCAACUAAUAUAUUCAUGACUAAUCAUGGGCUUACACAC